GUUGUGACAUCACAAGUUGAACGGAAGUCGCGUAAGGCUUUUCCAGAUGGAGGAAGAACAUAGUCCAAGUCAAUCUAGCAUCGACUCUGCCAGCUUAGAUUUGAGUUACAGCAGGUCGUCGUUGAAUAGCAGUAGUUCCGACACAUUUCAGGAGGAAAUUAUAGCUUCUGGAGGCAUUGUAGAGCCUUACCAGUACGAGCCUGUGGAAAGCGAAAACCGCUCAUCUUCUCACAGUCCGGCCAAUGAUGGCACGCAAAACGAUGAAAGACUUCAGAAUUUAGACUGGUGCAGCUGUGGACAGUGCGAAGUUAUGCCUACAGUAGAUGAAUGUGUGUGCUGUUGCGAGUAUGACAACAUUGAAAGGAAACUGGAAGAAAGUGUAACAUCAUGCAAGUGUAUCACAGAGCACGAAGGAUUUGAACCAGUCUGCCUGAAUGUGUGGGUCCUUCAAACAGCGUACUUUCAAUAUCAGCAGGAGCGUGGUCAUGAUGAUGAAGAUGAAACUCCACAGGAGUAA